AUGGCAUCUACAUUGAAUGACGACUUCCUAUCGGAGACGCGGGCUCCCACGGUGAAGGGUGUGAUGUGGGUGAUGUCGCUUAUACCUCUACUAUUCGUUGCCAUGCGCUUGUAUGUGAGGAUAUACUUGCGGAAAGUAUUUGGUUGGGAUGACGGAAUUGCGAUUGUUGCAAUUUGCUGUCUGAUUGCCUACGCGGCUGUUUGCCAUGUCGCUGCCAAUCUUGGCUUGGGUCAGCAUCUGCUCCUCGUCAAAGAAAACCCUAAUAAUCUCAUCGAAGUCGGGUUGCUGUGCAACAUUGGCGAAACACUGGCGAUUAUGGCCUGCGCACUUGGAAAAACUUCCUUUGCUGUCACGUUGCUGCGCAUUGUGGUUCAUAGGUGGAUGGUUGUCUUGCUCUGGUUUGUGAUUAUUACGAUGAAUGUUGUCAACACUUUGACUGCGCUCUUCGUGUUUUUACAAUGCAAGGAUCCUCGGCAUCUAUGGAAUCCAACGAUUCCAUCGGAAUGUUGGCCCUCACACGUCUUCACUAACUUUUCUCUCUUUGUUGGCGCAUAUUCUGGAGCUCAGGACUUUAUUUUGGCAUUGCUUCCCUGGACAAUUGUCUGGAAUCUGCAAAUGAAGAAGAAGGAAAAGUUUGGUGUGGCGUUCGCAAUGAGCCUUGGAAUCUUCGCCGGUGCGGCGUCUAUUGUAAAAACAAGCUACUUGGUGGCUCUUUCAGCCAAGGCAGACUUCACUUGGGAACUGGCUCCACUUCUUAUCUGGGCAGCAGUCGAAGACGGUCUGACGAUCACUGCAGCAUCCAUUCCUGCCCUCAAGCCUCUCCUCGCUAGCAUAUUCCCCAGCUCUACGUCAGAGCCCUAUAAUAUGGCCGCCUAUCCACAAAAGAAGCCAGUGCAGAGGGUUUUCGACAACACUGAAGGCGAGACACAGACGGACAUCGGACAUACGACAAUCCAUGAUUCAGGCAGUGAAACUGCGAUAUUGGACCCAGAGAUGAUGAUGCCGGCUUCUCCAAAGCUUGAAACUAUCAAUAUGACCACCGAGGUUCUGGUGACAUAUAACAAUGACAGCCCUCAGCAUAAAUAA